AUGUCAGCGACUAUGCAUCGUCAAUUGUGGUUCCGCAAGUGGUGGCGUUCAACGAAGCGACAGCAAUCCAAGCCCAACACCACGAGCUACUACUAUGCCACUCCGGAAUAUUUGCGGGCAGUCGUGAUCGAAGAGGAAGCGUAUCCGAUCGCGCGAGCGUGCGAGAAGGUGAAUUGCCUGCUGAUGCGACCUACGGGAUUUCGCAUGUACUGCGAUAACAUGAUUCAUGCAAUUUUUCCCCCCCGCGAGAAGUGGAAAGCACACACCCACGGGUUACUCAUGCGGUGGACUUCUAUUAUUGGCGGCCACCACUAUGAUUUCAUCCAUAUCGACGGUGUCCACGACCUAUGGGCAUACAUGAUGAGUCAUUGGGGCAAACCGAUUCCAAGUCUGGUGGCGAAACGCGUGAACGUCCCACAACUGGACGAAGAAGCGGGGCAAAGUCUCAGAAAACGAACGACCGUCCAGACGACGAACGAUGGCGAGUUGUUAAACGUGGAGGCCGAGUGUGGAUGCGACGGAUCACGCCACGCUGCACUGGCAGCCUCGAUCAGGCGCCUAUUCUACCUCGGCCGUCUAGCUGACCGAGCGGCCGAAUUCCUGCGGGGUUGCUUAUCGUACCGUCAUGCGAAGGGGGGACACAGACCAUGGCUCGCGAAGGGACGCAACGAAGGAAUUCACUUCGACCACCUGUACAAGGUCGAGGUAUACAAGGGCGUAAAGUAUGUAUUGGUGUUGAAGGACGACAUUACGCAUUACUGCGAGCAGAUGGCCUACGAUGUCCCUACAAGCCAAGUGUGUGUUCAUGCUUUGAUGGACUGGACGAAGCGGUUAAACAUGCGAGUCUGGGCCAGCGGCCAAGAAUUGUUUCACGUUCGGCUUCUUGCUCCGUCUCGCACGCCCGUUGUCCCGGAGUACGGCGACGUUCUUGGUGGCCUCACGGUGGAAUUGCUUCCGGGCAGCGGCGAGCUUGGCAAAGGAGUCCUCUCGCAGGCGGACCAGGGAAGCUACCGGAACUUCCUGCACCUCGUCCGCGACACUGUAGGCCGAAAGCGCAUGCCCUGGCUAGAAAAUGGUCAGUUAUCGGCGAGCACCUGUCUUCAUGGUCUUGAGGACGGAUCGCAUCAGCACCAUGACUCGGCUCUUGUAGUGGUGAUCUUGGUCCGACACCGGCGGUCGACGCCCGGCACCCGUCGUGGACCGUGA